AUGCCUCCUUACUCUCUCUCCCUCGCAGUUUCGUAUAUCUAUAAAGCGUACAAAAUUUCAAACUCCUAUGCCCCAUUACUUUUGUCUCACGCAACCCCUAAUGGGUUUCAUUCUUUCUUUUCUUACAACAAUCCACUUCAUGGUUCAGUUUGUCAUAAUUUGCUGGAAGCGGCUAAACAUUGCAAGCUAGUUACUGUUAAGAAGGCAUCUAUUCCUGCCGAUAUUAAUAGAAGUAUAAUUGAUAAGUAUGCUAGUCCAUCGGCUAAUUUAAAGGAUUUACGUUUAGCUUGUAUUUGCUCGUUAGGUUUUGGACGGUUUUUCCGUUAUGAUGAGCUGAACAACAUUGCUCCCGCACAUUUAAAGUUUUGUCCUGAAUCCUUGAGGGUGUUUGUUCCCAUGACGAAGAAUUAUGUUUUCCGGGAAGGGAGGCUAGGUAACAGUUAUUGUCCCGUGGCACUUUUAGAAAGGUAUAUUUGGAUAAGAGAUAUUAAUCUCUCCAGCUCAGUUACACCGUUCAGGCCAGUAAGGCAGUUUAAAUCUACUAGUGAGUACAAGUUGUAUGGAGAGAAGUUGUCAUACACUAGGUGUAGGGAAAUCUUUAAGGAUUGUCUUAAAAGAACUCAGUUUAGAUCAUAA